AUGGAAGCGCUACUUCCUCAGCGCAAGGUUGUCUCGAGAAGAGAACCUGCUAUUCGACGUCGCGACGGCAAGCGGAACGUUGGACAAGCUUUCUGGAAGAAAUGCUUUACUGCUGGAUCCUCAACAAUUCGAAACGGAAUCCCGGUAGCAUCGCACAUUUCCGCGAAGUCUAGCUCGAGUUCUCCUUGGGAGUAG